AUGACCCAAUACAUGCCUACAGAAAUUUUAGGUAAAGUAGUAUCAGAGAAAAUACCAGAUAUCCAAAGCAUAGCGUCAGAUGCAGAAAUAGGCUAUAUACUAGAAGUUGAUCUAGAAGUCCCAAUGCACUUGCACGAUUUCUUUGCAGAUUAUCCAUUAGCACCUGAAAAGCAGAUAGUUUCAGAAAACUGGCUUAGUCUAUAUAACGAAAGAUUAAUAAAAUAUGAUAAUCUUGCGAAAAAUUAUGGAGACUAUCUAAAGAAACUGCGAGCUGAAAAGGAUCUGAAUAACUAUAUUAAGACACUUGCAGUAAAAAUGUUUCCUAAGAAAGAAAAAUAUACUAAAAGGCUAGAAAAUUAUCACAAAAGGUAUGAAGAUAAUGAUCUAUAUAGCAGUUUAGAGGAACUAUAUAAGCUUUAUUAUCAUAUAGCUAAGGAGGAGAAUCGCGAAAGAUCAGAUGAUGAAAUAGAGCAGAUGCUCAAAGAAAUGGCAAUCUAG